AUGUGCACCGCUGGCGUUGCGGCUGAUGAUGGUGGUGCUACAGGUGGCACCACUACAGGUGGUGCUGAUACUGCGGAUAAUGGUGGUGCCGUGGCCGCCCCAAGUUCGACGGCCUUGAACCCCCCACAGGUCACCAUUACCAUAGAUUCACCGGAAAUCUUAAAACCACCAAAGAGGUCCAAUUUGCGGAGGUCUAUUCAAUGGAUUUUAGCCCCUAUCCUAACUGCUGUCAGCGGCCUGAUCCUUUAUUACCAAGGACCUUGGUAUGGAGUGGCCGCCCUUUACGCCAGUUUGGUAGCCAUUUUGCUGGUGCGUCCAGGAUGGAGAUGGUUCUAUAUAGCAGCGGUCACUACUCCCCGAGAUACUGUGGCCCUCUUCGCCUACAUCCGUGUGCUGAUGUUCAUCAAGCGGCAAGAGCGGAAGAACCUGAACAUAGGCGACAUCUUCGAGGCGAAUGUGGCGCGGCAGCCGGACAAGUUGGCCAUAGUCAGUGAGUCCCAGCAGUGGACCUUCCGGCAGGUGAACGAGCACUCUAACCGAGUGGCCAACGUGUUCCACAGUCAUGGCUAUAAAAAGGGCGAUGUGGUGGGUCUGCUGCUGGAAAAUCGCGCUGAGUUCGUGGCCACCUGGCUGGGUCUCUCCAAGAUCGGUGUGAUCACACCGCUGAUAAACACGAAUCUUCGUGGAGCCUCCCUGCAGCACAGCAUCACUGUGGGUCAGUGCACGGCGGUCAUCUACGGGGCCAGUUUCCGAUCCGCCGUGAUGGAUAUAGCCAAGGAUCUGCCCGCCCACGUGGGUCUGUAUCAGUUCAAUGACGAGGCCACACAGGAAAUGGUGGCUUCAGAGGGUCUCAGCCAGGGAUUGGCCCAGCAGUUGAAUGGUCUCCUGGAGACGGCUGCCAAGGAUAAAGUGGCCGCUGGUGCCUCACGUGCGGAUCAUCAUGAUAAGCUGGUCUACAUCUACACUUCGGGAACCACGGGUCUGCCCAAGGCAGCCGUCAUCACGCAUUCCAGAUACUUCUUCAUCGCUGCGGGCAUCCACUACACUCUGGGUUUCAAGGACCAGGAUGUGUUCUACACACCUUUACCCCUUUAUCACACUGCUGGCGGAGUGAUGAGCAUGGGUCAGGCCCUGCUCUUUGGUUCCACGGUGGUGAUCAGGAAGAAAUUCAGUGCCUCUGGUUAUUUUUCGGACUGCGCACGCUUCCAGUGCACGGUCGGGCAGUACAUUGGUGAGAUGUGUCGCUAUAUCCUGGCCACUCCAGCGGCUUCUCACGAUCGAAAGCACCAGGUGCGCAUGGUGUUUGGCAAUGGAUUGCGACCACAGAUUUGGCCACAGUUCGUGGAGCGUUUCGGGAUCCAGAAAGUGGGUGAAUUCUACGGAGCCACCGAGGGCAAUGCCAACAUCAUGAACAACGAUAGCACCGUGGGUGCCAUUGGUUUUGUUUCCCGGAUACUGCCACAGAUCUAUCCGAUAUCUAUCAUAAAAGCUGAUCCUCACACGGGAGAGCCUUUGAGGAACAGUAAAGGACUUUGCGAGAGAUGUGAGGCCGAUGAGCCGGGCGUCUUUAUAGGAAAGAUUGUGAGGGGCAAUCCCUGCCGGGAGUUCCUGGGCUACGUUGACCAGAAGGCCUCCUCCAAGAAGGUGGUCCACGAUGUGUUCUCCAAGGGCGACAUGGCCUUCAUCUCAGGCGAUCUGCUGGUGGCCGAUGAGCGGGGAUAUCUGUACUUCAAGGAUCGCACUGGUGACACAUUCCGCUGGAAGGGUGAGAACGUGUCCACCAGCGAGGUGGAGGCGCAGCUUAGCAAUCUGGCUGGCUACAAGGAUGUGAUCGUGUACGGAGUGAGCAUACCCCACACAGAGGGAAGGGCCGGAAUGGCAGCCAUCUAUGAUCCUGCUCGCGAGGUCAAGGUCAGUCAGCUGGGCGAAGAGCUGGCCAAAUCCCUGCCCAACUAUGCGCGGCCGCAGUUCCUCAGAUUCCUACGAAGAAUCGACCUGACGGGCACCUUCAAGCUGCGCAAAGUGGAGCUCCAGCAGCAGGGCUUCAAUCCGGAGGUCAUCGAGGAUGAACUCUUCUACGCCCAAGCGGAUGGAGUCUAUGCUCCGCUCACCUCAUCCGUAUACGAAAGAAUACUGAGGAACGAGCUGCGCUUCUAGAACCGCCGGACUUCUCUCUCGGGGAAGAAGGGAAGUCAAGACUGUGCCUAGCGUGUUAGUAAACAGGAUUUCGGUUGGAUAAGAACCGAGAUUCUACUAUUUUUAGUUUCGGUAAUGUGGUUUAUUGUGCUACCAAUAAAAAACAUUAAAAAAGGAAAUUUAUUUUUCUUUGGAUGAGCAAAUACAUUCUAAGGCAAAUACAUUCCUAGUUAAUGGUCAUAUCUUAUUGUAAUUAUUUUUUAAAGGAAACACAUUUGAACAAUGAUCAUUUUGUUAUUUCAUUAAAAACUUGUAAAAAUUAUAAAAACAUAUAUAUCAAUUGA